GUCUUUUGCUUUUUGAAAUGGUCUAGCAACCACUCCUCUUUCUCCUGUCUUCCCCUUUUAAAGAUACCCUAGUGACCUUUUAACACAACAAGCAUGGCUCCAGCUGCUCGUCGAGCUGUUCGCGUCGCCGGCGCCUCCGGCGGGUUUUCAGACCGUGUUCGCGCGAUUUCUUCACUUGCAAACAAUGAAGAGGUGGACGUAAUCGUCGGAGACUGGCUCUCCGAGAUGACAAUGACCAUGCAUGGAACUGCAAAGAUCAGAAACAAGGAGAAUAUGUCACAAGCGCAGAGCUUCGAGGAGAAGCUCGAAUACGCCAUGUUCGCUGAGAACUUCCUUGAUUGCUUCAUGCCUGCUGUUCCUGCUCUUGCAGAGAAGGGAAUCAAGCUUGCCGUCAAUGCUGGUGCUUCAGACACAGAGUUGCUUGCACAGCUCGUUGAUAAGAAGGUCAAGGAGGCAGGUUACAACCUUAAGGUCGCCUGGAUCGAGGGCGACGACGUCACAGGGGCCGUCCAGGGAAUGCUUAACAAGGGCGAGGGAUUCCGUAGUUUGAUGCACAACCGCUCAGUUGAGGAGUGGGGACUGGACCCUGUUUGCGCACAGUGCUAUCUUGGUGGCAUGGGCAUCGCAAGAGCCCUGACCGAGGGAGCUGAUGUUGUUAUUUGCGGUCGAGUCUCUGAUGCUUCUCCUAUCAUUGGAGCUGCAGCUUGGUGGCACGAAUGGACGAACGACAUGUUUGACGAGUUGGCCGGAUCUCUCAUUAUCGGCCACCUCCUUGAGUGCUCAGCGUACGUCUCUGGCGGUUACUGUGCCGAUUUCCGCUCGCUCUUGAAGUCCGGAAAGCACAUUAACAUGGGUUUCCCCAUCUGUGCCAUUGAUCAUAAGGGUCAUGGUAUCAUGUACAAAGAGAAGAAUACAGGUGGUAACAUGACAGUCAACUCAGUGACCUCCCAACUUCUUUAUGAGAUUCAAGGGCCACAAUACUACAACUGCGAUGUCACGGCACAGCUUGAGAAUAUAAAGAUCGAGCAAGUAGGCGAAGACCAAGUCAAGGUAUCUGGCGUUCGAGGCCUCCCUCCACCACCAACGACCAAGGUCGGCCUCACUGGAUUUGCAGGAUGGCAAGCAGAAUACCAUGUUUAUCUAUGCGGUCUCCACAUCGAGGAGAAGUGCAAGUUCACUGAGGAACAAAUCAAAUAUGAGCUCGGCGAGGAGACACUGAAGAAGUUCACUACCCUAAAGUUUAUGCAGAACGGCGCAUCUCCUAUCGACGCCCGAAAUCAGGAUGUAGCUACCGUGGACUUCCGUAUUUUUGCUCAAUCGAAGGACCGCGAGCUACUCAACAUGCGAAAUCCCAAAGGCUUCUUUCGAGUCUCAAUGGUUACCUUCUUGCAGUCCUGCCCAGGAGCUUCUCUCGGCAACGAUUUCCGCCUAGCAGAGGGAAAGCCUUACUACGAGUAUCACCCAUCCCUUCUCCCACAGGCCGCGCUCAAGCAGCGAGCACACUGCUUGUGGGAUGCAGAAGGCGCCGUAGACGGCAAGAAAGUCAUCGACAUCCCUCUCGCUCCCGAGUUCCGCGAGUACGACCGACAACAGCCCUCUUAUGAGACUACCAACCCCGUUCCCCUCGAAUCAUUUGGCCCGAUUGUUCGCCUACCUCUUGGAUCUAUCGUACUUGGUCGCUCUGGAGACAAGUGCUCAGACUGCAACGUUGGAUUCUUUGUCCGCCAUGCAGACGAGUGGGAGUGGCUACGCAGCCUUCUCACCAUCGACAAGAUUAAGGAACUGCUUGGCCCUGAAGAGUACAAGGGCAAGCCGAUCGAUCGAUUCGAGAUGCCGAACAUUUUUGCAGUCCACUUCCUCCUGCACGACCACUUGGACCGUGGUUACGAUGCUUGC